AUGCAAACAAAUGCCUGUCAUAAUGUACAACACUACAAAAUAGUGCAAGACAAUACGCCACAACAUGCCACACCACACCACACCACACCACACCACACCACACCUCAUCACACCACACCACGUCACGCCACACCACACCACAUCACACCACGCCACAACGUGACACACCACACCACACCACUCUUUACCACACCAUACCACACUACACCACACUGUGACACACUUCAUCACACCACACCACGUCACGCCACACCACACCACACCUCACCACAUCACACCACACCACACCACAUCACACCACGCCACAACGUGACACACCACACCACACCACACUGUGGCACACCUCAUCACACCACACCACACCACACCACACCGUGA